CCAACCCUUUCUUCUUCUUCUUCAAUCUCUCAAUUUCUCUGUGUUUUUUUUUUCUCUGAUUUAAAGAAGAUGAUAGAUUCAGUUUUUGAGCUUGUCAACAAGACUACUUCCAAUUCUUUAUUCAUGUUCCUUUUUUGCAACUUCAUCAUCAUCUUGAUCCUCAUGGGAAAUUAUAAACCGGGUUCUCAAGACGAAUCGAAUCCCGGUUCUCGGAAAUCCGCAAUGUUUCCUGACUCGGUUCUCUCCUCCAACCCCGGUUUUGAGAAAUCCGUGUUGAUAUCCGACUCGGUUCUUUCUCCCAAUCCCGGUUUUGUAACAUCUGAGUCGAAUGUCUCUCCUAAAUGCGGUCUUGAGAAACCUGUGUUGAUAUAUGAAUCAGUUCCCUCUUCUAAACCCGGUUUGAUAUCUAAGUCGGUUAACUCUUCUAAACCCGGUUUUCAAAAAUCUGUUUUGGUGACUAAGUCGAAUCUCAUCUCUAAGACCGGUUUACAAGAACCCGGGUUGAUAUCUAAGUCAACUAGUCUCUCCUCCAAACCAGCCGGUUCUGAUAAAUCGUUAACCAAAAAACCCGGUUUGAGACCCGGUUCAAGUUUAUCGGAGAAGGACGAGAAAGGGAGCUUAGUAGUAGUAGUAGAAGAAGAAGAAGAAGAAGAGAAUGAGAGCGAAAUGGAACGUGUGCUUCGAAGAAGAGUUGAAGAGUUUAUUCGUAAAGUUAAUACUCAAUGGAAAUCAGAGAACACUAAGAGACCUGUAAUUAUCUCUUACACUAAUUAAUCAGAGUUUUCUGUUUAUACUUAUGGUAACAAUGUGUUCUUAAUACUAUAUGAAGACAACAUAAUUGUAAUUUUCUUCUAAUGAAUUAAAACUAAAAGUAAAUUUGUAAGGAAACCAGAUUAAAAUCAAAUCACAGUUGGUUACU